CCACCUCACUUUUUUUACCAAGAGAGAAAUGACUAAAACUCCAAAAUAAAACACUUUCUCCUUCCGUGUGGGUUGAACUUAUAAUAUCCUGGAUCUCAGGGUUUCCAUUUUUAGGCCUUGGGACCAAAGAGAUAGUCUAGAGAGAGAGAGAGAGAGAGAGAAAGCAUGGGUAGAGGGAAGGUACAGCUGAAGAGGAUUGAAAACAAGAUCAACAGACAGGUGACUUUCUCCAAGAGGAGGGCUGGCUUGCUGAAGAAAGCUCAUGAGAUCUCUGUGCUUUGCGAUGCUGAGGUCGCUUUGAUUGUUUUCUCUCACAAGGGGAAGCUCUUUGAGUACUCUACUGAUUCUUGCAUGGACAGGAUUUUGGAGAAGUAUGAAAGAUACUCAUUUGCAGAAAGACAGUUAAUCGCUAAUGAGCCUGAGUCGCCUGUUAAUUGGACUCUCGAACACAGCAAACUUAAGGCCAGAAUUGAGCUCUUGCAAAGAAAUCACAGGCACUACAUGGGCGAAGAUCUGGACACGAUGAGCGUGAAAGAUCUGCAGAACUUGGAGCAACAACUUGAUAGUGCUCUUAAGACCAUCCGAUCAAGAAAAAAUCAGCUCUUGUUUGAUUCAAUCUCGGAGUUGCAGCGGAAGGAGAAGGCUAUCCAAGAGGAAAACAGCAUGCUAGCAAAGAAGAUCAAAUACAAGGAAAAGGAAUUGGGGCAGCAGGCACAAUGGGAGCAGCGAAACCCCACCACUAACACGGCAGCGCUGCCUCCACUGCCGCCACCACAACCUCAAUACCUCAUGGCAUCUCGACUUCCUUCCUUAAACAUGGGAGGCGGCACAUACGACGAAGAAUCAGAGGCGAGAAGGAAUGAGCUCGACCUCACUCUUGAUUCACUCUACUCAUGCCAUCUGGGAUGCUUUGCUGCGUGAAAUCCAACGCAGCUCAACUUGUUCAUGGGGAAUUAGUAGUUAUCUGUGUGAGGAUAAUAUGCUAUGUUUUAUGUAUGUUGCAGUUGUUUUACAUUUUGAGUGUAUACCAUGAGUUAUUCAUGUGUGUAAAUUUGUGGGCCUACAUAUGCUCUACAGCCCCACUGUAAACCGAGGAAUAACUUGUUGGAUUCUUGAGUUAAAUAAAAUGUGUGUAAUUUGUAUCUGUGUGAAAA